AUGGUUAUUUCAACAGACCAUUUAACGAAAAAACAAUUAAUUAUUCCAGAAAAAGCACAAAAUUCAUGAAAAUGUUUGGAUCUUUCGUUUAAUGCUGCCAUUCUCAAUAACUUUUUAAUCUAUAAAAAUAUGUCUCAAAUGUUCUGUUUAUUUAUAAUAUUCCUUUCAGAUUAUAAAAUAACUACACUACAUCUUUAUAUUUAG